GUCACUGCUGGGCUUUCUCUAACGGCACGGUGCUGCAACUUUGUUAUUGUGAACUGUGUCAGGGAGGAAGAGCGGCCGUGAAAGAUGUCCCGAGAAGAGCUGGUGGUCCAGCGGGCCAGAACGUCCUUUCAGACUGGGAGAACCAAACCUCUGGAAUACCGGCUCCAUCAGCUUAAGAGCCUGCUGAGCCUCAUCUCCGAGAGACGGACAGACAUUGCAGAAUCCCUGAAGAAGGACCUUGGAAAGAGUGAACAUGGGACAGAGCUGUUUGAGAUAAUGAAACUGGAGGGAGAGAUCAGGCUGGCAAUAGACAAGCUGGCAGAGUGGGCAGCUCCUCGGCCGGUAGAGAAGAACAUCCUCACCAUAACAGAUGAGGUUUACAUCCAGCCAGAGCCUCUGGGAGUGGUGCUCAUCAUCGGGGCCUGGAACUACCCCUGGGCUGUCACCCUCGUGCCACUGGUUGGAGCUAUUGCUGCAGGUAAUGCAGCAGUAAUAAAGCCGUCUGAGGUGAGCUCUCACUCUGCCAAGAUCAUGGAGGAAUUUCUCCCUCAGUAUCUAGACAAGGAUAUGUACCCAGUGGUGACGGGUGGAGUGUCAGAGACCCAGGAGCUGCUGAAACUGAGAUUUGACCACAUAUUCUACACGGGCAACAGCACAGUAGGCAAGCUAGUGAUGGAAGCUGCAGCUCGCCACCUCACCCCAGUGACACUGGAGCUGGGAGGGAAAAGCCCCUGCUACAUCGACAAGAACUGUGACAUCGCUGUUGCAUGUCGUCGUAUCACAUGGGGAAAGUUUGUGAACUGUGGUCAGACGUGCAUCGCUCCCGAUUACAUUCUGUGUGAACCUUCCAUCCAGAGCCGAGUAUUUGAGGAGCUCAAAAAGAGCAUUGAGGAGUUCUACACAGAUAAUCCAAAGACCUUUGAGGACUACGGACGCAUCAUCAACCAGCGGCACUUUAAGAGAGUCAUGGGCCUCAUGCAGGGGAGCACAGUUGCUCUGGGUGGAGAUUCUGAUGAAUCCCAGUGCUACAUAGCUCCCACUGUACUGAAGGAUGUGACCCGUGAAUCCAAAGUGAUGAAGGAGGAGAUCUUCGGCCCACUCCUGCCUGUCAUCACAGUGAGUGGUGUGGAUGAGGCCAUCCAGUUUAUUAACGAGAGAGAGAAGCCGCUGGUUGUCUACGUCUUCUCCAGUGACAAGAAGAUGAUCAAAAGAGUAAUAGCGGAAACAUCCAGCGGAGCUCUGCUGGCUAAUGACUGUCUGAUCCACUAUACCAUCAGCAGUCUCCCGUUUGGAGGAGUUGGUAACAGUGGUAUGGGCAGCUACCUCGGCCGCUACAGCUUUGACCAGCUGAGCCACAUGCGUAGCUGCCUGAUCAAGCAGCUGAAUAUGGAGGGAUUCAACAGCAUGCGUUACCCCCCACACACCACCAAGAAACUUGGCUGGGCCCGAUUCUUUCUGUUUAAGAAGUUCAACUUUGGCAGGCUACGCCGCAUGGCACUGCUAGCUAUGCUGGCUGGCUUAACAGCAUUUGUGGUGCAGAGGUUCCUGCGGCGAGGCUGAGCAGCAGAGCUCUGAAGUUUGACCCUGAGCCGGUGCCGGCGAUCCAGCCGCAUGGACUGAUGCCCGAUUGUGAAAUGUAGCACUCCUGACAUAACCGGUCCAAAUCAUUUCACCUUCACACAGACACGUUUCACUGAUUUGUCUUUUUAAUGGAAUUUCUGUUACACCUUAAGCUACUUUUGAUGUUUUAAAUAUUUUCACUUUAGUUUUCUAGAAUUAUGUGUCAAAUUAUAAUUAAACGUAUACAUUUAAGAUUUUACUUUAAUAUUCUGAAAUUACAGAACUGGGAUGCAGUGAUUCAUUGCAGACUAAAAAAAUCAACACAAACUACUGCUACUACUGAGAAUAUUCUGUCUGAAUGUCACGGUGCCACUUGGAUUUCAUGGUACUCUGCUGUCUGAAAUUAAACACUAAAGAUAUUUUAAACUAA